AUGGGUGGGACUUCGUUGUCCUCCAAUAAGAAUCAAUCGAGAAGUCAACCCGAGGAGAAGCAAAUUCGGAUAUCCGCGUUCUCCUCCUAUUCCUAUUUGGGUCCACUUAUCUCUGCUUGCAAAUGUCGAGGAACCGUAGGCCUGGUUCAUGCGGAUUGUCUCGAGAGAUGGUUAACGGAAUCUGGUCAUACGAGAUGCGAGUUGUGCGGGUACAAAUAUACGACCAAGAGAAUACCACGUCACAGUAUUUUACGUAGCCUGUUAAUAUGGUUCAAGACGGUAGUAGUUACGCGUCAGAUGUUAUUGGACGUUCUUUAUCUAGUCGUGACGACUCCAUUGGCUCUGUUCGCUUGCUACGUUUGCGUUAUAGCGUUGAAAUUAUUAAUAGAGAGUGGCUUUUAUCAGGUGCCAUGGGUAAUCGUCGUCAUGUUACCGACCUGUUCUCUCACGCUCGUUGCUUAUUGGGCUUGGUUAAUGACUUUAGGAAGAUUACACAUUCGCCGUUGGCGUCGCUAUUGGAGAAAUAACUUCGUCGUACGUCUUCUACCGGAGGACAUCAAUAACCUCGCGAACGAACAAAGCAUCGAGUCUACAACGAUUGAUGAUUUUUAUCAAGAAGUUGAGAAUGAACGAAUGAACGAUAGACGAUUAAUUGGAACUUCUCUCUAA